AUGGCGCAUGAGGCACUGGAAGAAGGAAGUGAAUUCCUUUUGGACUGGCAGAAGCUGAAGAAGGUGGCACUUUGUGAGUCACCGGUGGUCCCUGUGGCCGUGCAACACGCCGACACCCUCGAGCUGCUCAUCGUCGCCUUCGCCAACGAGCAGGCACUGCUGGAAACCUUCCGGAGGAAGGUCUGUGUGCUCUGGAGCACCUCCCGAAACAAGCUUUGGAUCAAGGGUGAGACCUCUGGAGAUGUUCUGGACUUGGUCGAGAUCCGUGUGAACUGUGAGCAGAACUCUUUGCUCUACUUGGUUCGCCCACACCGGACGGGUGCCUGUCACACGAAAGAUGCAGAGGGUCACUCUCGGCCCUCCUGCUACUAUCGAAGACUGAAGUGGCCGGAGGAGGGCAUCCCUGAUGGGGACCUGUCCGAGAUGCUCAAGAGCCUGGUCCGCAAUGCUGUUGGAUGCCCUUGA